CUAAGGUGAUGCUAAAGCCUUGCAUGUUCACGACUCGCUGGUAUGUAUGUUAGCUAUAAACUUGGACUCUUUGAUAUAAUCCUGGGUUAUCUUCAAGCGUGUGGGAAAAGAAAAAAAACUUGCUCAUCUCAGACAAUAAGUUAAAAAAUCUUUUAUAAUCACAAUGGAUUCGUCAACUCAAUCUAAAAAGGGCAACCAAAAUCGCAAAACCAAGGACAGCCAGAACAAGUCCCACAUGCCUCCUCAGAAAGAUGCCUAUGCCAGACUCCUCAGCCAACAUCGCAGCAGCAAGUUUAACUCUUACCUGGAGCAAUUUGCACGGAACACAUUGGGUCAAAAUGAAGUUAAUGGCCCCAAUACCUCACACGUCCAGAGUGAUGGACUGAAUAUACCACAGAGACGAAGGGAUCAACUACUAAAUGAUUUUUCUGAUUCAAGUGACUUUUCGCCCUCUUCUCUGAAAAACAAACCUGGAGAGAGCUCCCUGUCUACGUAUAUGGAGAAACUUAGCACUGGUAAUGGGCCUCCGGACUAUGAGCUGAUGCCAGAUGUGUCUGAGAGGCUAAGGAAAGGCCAGAGGAGGGAUACAACUACCAGUCAUGAUGGGGACAUUGAAUCUGGUGAGGAAUUGAUUGCAUUAAAUGAAUCAAAGAAACAGCAGAAGCAGCAUAAAAAAAGUGUAGUGUCCAAUGAAGACGGUCCUCAAUCUCCAAACAAAACAAGUACAAGUCAGCAAGAACAAGAGAUGACCAAGAAGUCCAAGAAAAAGAGCCCAGCAAAACAGAAAGAGGACCAGAGAAAUAGGUCCAAGCCUGAAGUUGAGGCACAGAUGCCACCACUUUCAAAAGACCAAAGACUCCAACCAAAUAAAGGAGCCAAUUCUCCAGCAGAUAAGAAAAAGAACAAAGGGUCCAAAAAACAAGUGUUUGAGCCUUACAUGCCAGUAGAGGAGGUCUCACAUGGCCUAAAAAGAGGAGAACUCAUUGAGGGUCAGAUAAGAAUUAACCCUAAGAAAUACCAUGAAGCUUUUAUCUCUUGUCCCGACGAUGGCCGGGAUAUAUUUCUUGAUGGGAUUGUAGCUCGUAACAGAGCUCUGAAUGGAGACAUUGUUGUGGUGCAAAUCCUGCCUCGGGAUCAGUGGAAGGUUGUACGGUCUGAUUCUGACUGUGAUGGAGCCAGUGAGUCCGAAACGCCCCGCAAACAAACUGUUAAAGCUGUGAACAAGCAGCUUAAUAGACCAGAGGAUAGUGACCAAGAUCUCUGUGCAAACUGUGCCAAUGAUAAAUCCCAGGAUAAACCCUUUCCUUCACAAUUAAGUGAUGGUGAGCUCCAGAAAACCGCAAAAGUUGUUUACAUUGUUGAGAAGAAGCAUUCAAGGGCUGUGACGGGCUUCUUGAAAUUUCUGCCUGACAAAAAGUUUGCCAUGUUCUCCCCUACGGAUCACCGCGUGCCCCGCAUCAAUGUUCCUCUGUCUGACUGUCCACAAGACUUCAGCUCUCGGCCAGACGACUAUGCCAACACACUGUUUAUUUGCAGGAUAGUGGACUGGCCUGCUGACAACAACUUUGCACAAGGACUGCUUGCCAAAUCGCUCGGUCAAGCUGGCGAAAUUGAGCCAGAGACUGAGGGUAUCCUGACUGAAUAUGAAGUGGAUUUCUCUGAUUUUACAACUGAGGUUUUAGACUGCCUCCCCAAGAACCUGCCUUGGACCAUUCCUCCAGAGGAGAUAAAGAGAAGACGAGAUCUUAGGAAGGAGUGUAUCUUCACCAUUGACCCUGCAACAGCCCGAGAUCUGGAUGAUGCUCUGUCCUGUAAACUUCUCCCAGAUGGUAAUUAUGAGGUUGGUGUCCACAUUGCUGAUGUCACUUAUUUUGUGGAGGAGGGCAACGCUUUGGAUUUGAUGGCCAGUCAGAGGGCUACCAGUGUGUACCUUGUUCAAAGGGUGAUUCCCAUGUUGCCGAGACUACUUUGUGAGGAACUCUGCAGUCUUAACCCUCUCACAGACAGACUCACCUUCUCUGUCAUUUGGAAACUUACUCCUGAAGGAAAGAUAUUGAGCGAGUGGUUUGGCCGCUCUGUGAUUCGCUCCUGUAUUAAGCUAACAUACGACCAUGCACAGAGCAUGAUUGAGGCACCAGAAAAACUGUUCACUGCAGAGGAGCUGCCACCGUUUGACCCAGAACACCCCAUUGAUGAAAUCCACCAGGCUGUGCUACAUCUGCAUUCCAUCGCUAAGAACCUCCGUACACAGCGCUUCAGCGGAGGGGCUCUCCGUCUGGACCAGUUGAAGCUGUCUUUUACCUUGGAUAAAGAAACUAUGAUGCCUCAAGGCUGCUACAUUUACCAGUACAGAGACAGUAACAAGUUGGUGGAAGAGUUCAUGUUACUGGCCAACAUAGCCACAGCACAUCACAUCUACAGACAUUUUCCUGAGCUGGCUCUGCUCAGAUGCCACCCUCCACCCAAAGCCAAACUUGUGCAGCAGCUGCAGGAAGUGUGCGACACUUUGGGAAUAAACUUGGACUUUUCCUCAGCGGGAGCUUUACAUAAAACACUUAUUACCACUCUUGGGAAUGAUCAGUACUCUGCUGCCAGAAAGGAAGUCCUCACUCACAUGUGUUCGAGACCCAUGCAGAUGGCCCAGUAUUUCUGCUCUGGGCAGAAGACAGACGAGCAGCAGUAUAAACAUUACGCCCUGAAUGUUCCUCUGUACACACACUUCACCUCUCCCAUCAGAAGAUACGCCGAUGUCAUUGUCCACAGGCUCCUGGCUGCAUCACUCGAUUGUGGGCCUAUGUUGGGACUGCUAACUAAAGAAGUGCAAAAACAAGCAAUACACUGCAAUGACAAAAAGGCUGCAGCCAAAAGAGUCCAUGAGCUCAGCACUGAGUUGUUCUUUGGGGUGUUUGUGAAGGAGUGUGGACCGUUGGAGUCUGAGGCCAUGGUGAUGGGAGUGCUGGACCAGGCCUUUGACGUGCUGGUUCUCCGUUAUGGAGUUCAGAAACGCAUUUACCCUAAGCACAUUGCUGGUGUUGAUGCAUUUCAUAAACAUAAGGUUGGAAAAACAACUGAGCUGACUCUUGUUUGGAAACCAGAAAACCCCAAUGAAGCUCCAGUCCAGCAGGUCAUUUCCAUCUUUACCCGAGUGGAUGUGCAGUUGAUAUCAGACUGUGCAGCUCUGAAGUACAGCGCAGAACUCCAAAGGCCCAACACUAAUGAAUCCUAAACCUCACUUGAAGAAAAUAUUUUAUUUGCACAUUUUCUUUAGCACCUUCAUUAGACGACACAGUAUUAUGUUAUAGUUUACUCACAGACUUGAGUCAAAAUGGGCUUUGCAUUUCUGCAUACAGCACUUGCUACAAGUGUUGCUCAAUGAUAAAAUUUUUACUUGUUUUUCUAAAAUUGUUCCCUUUAUUAUCCAGUAUGUGCUGGCUUAUUUAGGUUAAAGCAUAAAUGGUCUUAUAAAGAGUUUGAAAUUUUAUGGAAAUUUUCAACAUUUUUACUCGGGUCUGUAGAGUUUCAGCAAUAGCAUAGCUUUGUUUAUUGAUCUAAUGGAUCAGUGGUGUAACAUAGCUUUUUUUACAUAGUAAUAUGUGUGAUCUUUUUAACAUAUUUUAGUUCAAAUUCUGACUGGAUUCAGGAGUGACAGACCUUUAGGCAAAUAUGAGACAAACAUUUACAGUUUUUCUUUGUAAUAACAGAAUUAGAAUAGUCUGUUAUUGCAUAAGGGCAGCAGUGGUAGCACAUCAAUAAUAAUUUUAACUGAAACCAAGUGUAUUAUAUGUGCCAUUUAGGGUGUAUUUUAAUCUUUUUAAGUGGCCUGUUUUGAGCUGCCUUGGUUUGGUUUUGGACAAAUAGGAUUACAUAAUAUACAGCCUACAUCUGUGUUGAGUGUACUCAAAUCUGCAAGACAUGUAGUAAUUUAUCAACUCUUUGACUCCUGUUGAUUUUCAUACAAUGUUGGAAAUUACUUGAAUGCAAUCUGCUUUUUAAACAUGAAUUAUACUCACAUUUUCUUUUUUUUAAAAUCUGUAUCAUAGUGCUUUAAGAAGAGUUUUAUAGCUUUAGUUAUAUAUGUUUUUUUCAACAUCACUAGCUGUGUUUUUAAUAACUUGGCUUAUGUGUGUUUUAAAGGUGACACAUGUUACUUUUCUGGUGGAAGGUCCGCCGCCCGUUUUCUAUGACGAUGUUAUUGCUGUGAAUUAUUCCUCAGCAUGGCAUCUAUCACCAUGUAGACAAGUAGAUGACAUCAUCAGGCCAAGGUACAGGUCAGGUCCAAGAAGAGGUGGGCCUGCACACAGUAAGAAUGCAUUUUCUGAGCAAUAAAACCACCUGUAAUUGAAUAACUUCAAGAUGGAUAUGUAAUAGCAUUUCUAUGGAGACAAACAGGUGUCAGACUCCACCAGAAAAUUUACAUGGUGAACCUUUUAAAGAAUAAUUUAAUUGACUUGUGUUUAAACUAUUUGGCAAAUUGAAAGAUAACAUCUGUAUAUUUUUUGUUCAGUGUCAAUUAUCAUUUGUACUGUCGUCUAGAGAAAUGUACAGUGCUGUUUGUGUCUUCAUCUUAAAAUAAAUCGGAAUUAACUCA